AUGUGGGCUGGGACUCGCUGCAUGCAGGUAUAAAAAGAGUCCGAAUUCGUUGUGAACAUUAUUCGAACUUGUGUCGACGAGAAACAGUUGAAGAAAGAGUUGGAAAGAAGACUGAAAACGUUGGACAACAUGAAUUCAAGAUUGAUUUUCGCCCUCGGGUUUCUUCUAAUGGCUGGCCUUGCUAUGGCUGAAACUGAUGAGUACAAUGAUUACAAUGAAUAUAACGCAGAGACUGAACAAAAGGAUGAAACUGCUAAACAAGACGAAACUAAAGCACCCAAGAAGGAAGAAACAUCGAAUGAUGAAGAAACCAAAGUAGUGUUGGAAGACAUGAACACACAAACCUCGACUGAACUCGUUCAAAACGACGACCCUGAUGCAAUCAAGCAUAAAGGAUUGUGUCAUUGGCAUGUUGGCGUUUGGUACAAACCUGGAUUUGCCAUUCGAUGUAGCUGUAUGAGAUGCGUCUGUAAACCUGGCGGAGUCUGGGCUUGUGAUUAUCACUUCGCUUACUGUCCAUACUUCUACUGCGGUAACCAAAUCUACAAUCCCCACACCAGUAUUUGCUGCUGUGGUAAAGUUUACAGCAAGAAUCGCAACUUCUCCUGCUGCGGUUACUUCUAUUAUGAUCGCCGUCUACAACCAAUGUUGUAGCUACUUCUCUGUG